GUCGGCGUAUGCCCCGUAAAACAUUGAAAAUUCUGCAGAAUGAAUAAUUUGGGCGUAUGCAUAACGUAAUUGAACGUAUACAUAUCGUAUGUCUAACCUAUUAGUAACCUAUCACUAACUUAUGACAGUGUAUGACAGCGAAUCACAGCGUAUGGUCAGGUCAUGUCUAGCAUUCUCGACCUACUAUGCCCAACGUAUGAGUAGCUUAUGAGAAAACUAUGCGCAGCGCUCGGCGUGUUGCCGAAGAUCAUGUGACGUUCUGCAUAAAUAUGGCGCCGAUUUCUACAGUACCGCAUUUAUACAGUAGUCGGCGAGCUAUCAACAUCAAAAUGGCACCCAAGAAAUCGCAAAAGACAGCAACCAAGAAGUCUGUCAGUAGCCGAGGUAGAGGCAAGAAGAACCCAUCUAUGCCAUCAUCCUCACCUUCAUCCUCACCGCCAUCGUCUAAAGCAGCCGAUUCACUUCCUCAUGAUAUCCCUGCUGUGCCCCAUACCGGCCGCUCGCAAUCACCAUGCUCUCCAUCUCGUCCUUCCGAUGAUGGUUUCCGUGCCUCCCGUGCCUCUUCUGUUGACUCAGUUGCUGCAUCUGUUGCCUGAAGCUCUUUGCUCCCUGUCAGUAAAGAUGAGGAGCUCAUGCUUGAAUUCCUCCAAGACAAUCCUGUCCUCUGGAACAUGAAGUUGACGAACUACAGGAGGACUGACAAGACAAACAAGAUAUGGGAUGACCAGGCACAGCAGAUGGGCAAGAACUCCUCAGGGGAUGGUUUAAGUCACUCAGAGACAACCACACACGCCUUGACAGGAAGAAGAGUGGAGAUGGUGCCCCUGAGCUCACUGAGAGGGAAGAGUGGAUCAUGGCAAAGUUUGGAUUCCUGAAAACCGUCAUCCGACACCGUCCUGAGCCUUGCAAAAGUGUGAAGGCCACUAUUGACUCACUUGUCGGAGACCUAGGUGCUGCUGAGGCUGCCUGUGCCGAGCGGCAAAUUGGUCCAAAGGAGGCUGACAUCAUCCAUACCAUCCCUUCAGCCUCACGGCGCAAGCGGGAUGACAACGGCGCUGUCCUGGAAUCCCUCCAGAAGAGAGUGCAGGAGUCUGGUGAGAUCCUCAAAGGCCUCAGCGAUGCACACCAGCAGCCACCUACGUCCGUGAAAGCUUGAUCAGCAUGUCCAAGCCCAAGUUCAGGAAGCCAAGAUCAGCUAUCAACAAGAUACUGUCGCGGUCGAUGGAGGAGGACAGUGAUGAUGACAUCCCAAGUUUCAUGGGAGGCCCCGCCAUGCCUGAACCACUACCUCACAGCUCGACACCAUCCUCGUAUUCUGUCUCAUCACCAUCCUGAGAUGUAUCAACCACCUCCCCCACAUGUGGAGACACAAGGCACCACCUGCUUCAGUCUGGGGUUCACAGACACAUGAACACAUGCAGCAAACAAUGCAGUAUCAGCAGCGUUUUGCUCCGAAAAUGAUGCCCCCUCCUCCCUCUACCUGCAAACCAGCAGCAGCAACAAUAGCAUCAUCAGCACACUUCCACCUCGGUGUCUGCGGCUUUGGGAUCGGCUGACCAGAGCUCAACCCCCCUUCAAGACAGCCCUAACCUUUCGACCAUGUCCAACCUUUCUGGAUUGAGUGGAUUACUCGUGGUGUGGAGUUGGAGGAUGUGGAUAUGAAAACACCACCACCAGCAAAGAAAUAACCAUCAGUGACUGUACCGACUGUUGUGCCAUCCUAGAGAUGAGCAGUGACUGUGUUUUAUAUGAUGUUCCAUUAUUACCCUCAUUACCAUGAUUAUCAUAUGCCAAUCUUAUUGAUCAGUUGAUCAUUUCAAUAAAAGUUUAAUAAGUUCUAAGUUUCAAGUUUUAUUUAUCUUUCUUUCA